UCUCUGCUGGCACACUGGCAGCUAAUGGGUUGCAUCUACUGAAACUAACAGCAACCUCUGCGGGAACUUCAUGGCUGUGCGCGGCACCGUUCCUCCUCCGGAUUACUACCCGUUCGAUAUCGCUCUCUCGGCCCAGCCGCCUGAAGAUCUGCAGGGCUUUUAUAAAGGAAACCAGCACAUGCUGAGCAGAUCAGGCUCGCAUUACGGCCUGGCCGCCGGAGGGGUCAGGACCGCUUGGGAUCAAGGGCAAGCUAGAGCGGUUACUCCUGGUCCUACGCCUGGACCUCUUCCUCCUCCUCCUCCGCCUCCUCCUCCUCCACCCCCUCCUCCCCCGCCCUCGGCUCAUGAGAUCAGCCGCUUGUACAGGGAUUCUCUGGCCGUCAAGAUGAUCCCAGACAGUCAGCGUAUUCGCAGUAGAGCCGCUUCGCCCGCUUGCUUCGGCAUCGAGUCCAGGUUUGCGGCCGAACAGGCCAGCCUCGGCGGUCACUCCGUGUACGGCGACGUCAACGGCCUUCCUCUGGAGUCCUGUCAGCCGGCAUCCACCUGCAUAGUGGUGGACCCAACGGCUUCGGUCAUGGAUGGGACUCUUCCUAGAGGGAACCCUGCUUACGGGUCUGUUGCAACUCAGAGGAUGCCCUAUGACCCUGCGUACGAUCCGGGCACUGCUAUGGCACCGGCUCCGCUCACCGGCGGGAUGCCGUCGGCGGCCGACCCCAAGAGGACCGUGGAUCCGAGCUUUCUGGCUCUUCUGCGUUCCGAGGGUCUGUCGGAAAGCACUAUAACUCUUCUCCUACAGCAAGGGUUUGAUUCGACAUCCAUGCUUGCCAUGAUGGAAGACCACGACGUCCGCUCCGUGGCUCCCAAUUUGGGACAAGCACGUGUGCUUUCAAGAGUAGUUCUCAAUUGCAAGACCGGAGCAACUGGCGCUGCAGUUAUGCGUGGUCGUUCUAACAGCUUCAGCCACCGCAAUGAUCUCUACAUGCAGCCUCAGACGCUCGGCAUGGACGGGAAUCUCAUUCAACAGCCUCCCAGCGCCCUGCAAUCCGUCUCGCCUAGAAUGGGAGAGUUUCUCGGUCGCCGUCCGAGCAGCGCACCAUCUCAGCAUCUCCUCGAAACCACGACAUACCCAGGGGUUCGCUCGAUCGGAGGUCUUCCGGUUAGUCCGGGCGGCUACACCACUGCGCUUCCUCAAACACGGCCUUUGUACAACGCCCACACCGGCUUGGCCAUGUCCGCCCUGCCUGCUCAACAACAACCUCCGACCACCCCAGGAGUGGCACCCAAGACCUUCUCGAGUACGUACACCCCUAUGGAGCUGAUGAAGCGUCCUCCAAACCUUCCUCCUCUUUCUCCUGCUCAUAGUCCGCAUCACAGCCCUCAGUUACUGCGCAAGGGAGCAGCGCCCGCGGAGAGUGCCAUUCUUCCGGCAUCUUCAGCCCUUCAGCCUCAGACCCUUAAUGCUAACAAUAAGCAAACCCGUCGAACCGGACCUCCGGUCAUCGUUUCCACCAUGGCUUCGCCUGACACAAGUAUCAGGCCUCAGAUCGUGAACGGCCCGAUGCAUCCUCGUCCUCUGGUGGCUCUGCUGGACGGUCGGGACUGUACGGUGGAGAUGCCCAUCCUCAAAGAUCUGGCCACCGUGGCCUUCUGUGACGCCCAGUCCACACAGGAGAUCCAUGAGAAGGUGUUGAACGAGGCGGUGGGCGCUCUGAUGUACCACACCAUCACACUGACGCGAGAAGAUCUGGAGAAGUUUAAAGCGCUCAGGAUCAUCAUCCGCAUCGGCAGCGGAUACGACAACAUCGACAUCAAAGCGGCCGGAGAACUGGGUAUCGCGGUGUGUAACAUCCCGUCGGCGGCGGUGGAGGAGACGGCGGACUCGACGCUGUGUCACGUGUUGAAUCUGUACCGCAGGAACACGUGGCUGUAUCAGGCGCUGAGGGAGGGCACGCGCGUUCAGAGCGUGGAGCAGAUCCGGGAAGUGGCGUCGGGAGCCGCACGCAUCCGCGGAGAAACGCUCGGACUCAUCGGCUUCGGUCGUUCAGGGCAGGCCGUCGCCGUCAGGGCCAAAGUGUUCGGCUUCAACGUGAUCUUCUACGACCCGUACCUGCAGGACGGUCUGGAGCGUUCGCUGGGCGUUCAGCGCGUUUACACACUGCAGGAUCUGCUGUAUCAGAGCGACUGUGUGUCGCUGCACUGCAACCUGAACGAACACAACCAUCACCUCAUCAACGACUUCACCAUCAAACAGAUGCGUCAGGGCGCGUUCCUGGUGAACACGGCUCGAGGAGGUCUGGUGGAUGAGAAGGCUCUGGCUCAGGCGCUGAAGGAGGGCCGGAUACGAGGAGCCGCUCUCGACGUCCACGAGACCGAACCCUUCAGUUUUGCGCAGGGUCCUUUGAAAGACGCUCCUAACCUGAUCUGUACGCCGCACACGGCCUGGUACAGCGAGCAGGCGUCUCUAGAGAUGAGAGAAGCGGCCGCCACAGAGAUUCGCAGAGCCCUCACAGGCCGGAUUCCUGACAGUCUGAGGAACUGCGUGAAUAAGGAGUUCUUCGUGUCGUCGGGUUCCUGGGGCCUGAUGGAGCAGCAGGUGCAUCCUGAGCUCAACGGCGCCGCCUACAGGUUCCCGUCAGGUCUGGCCGGAGUGGCAGCGGGGGGCGUCCCGGCGGGUUUGGAGGGUCUGGUUCCGGGCGGCGUGCCGGUGACCCACUCACUGCCCGCGGGAAACCACCCGUCCCAGACGCCGUCCCCGAACCAGCCCUCGAAACACGGAGAGAGCAGAGAGCAGCUGAGCGAGCAAUAGCAUCAUCAUCGUCAUGGUCAUCACACACCGAACUUCUGCCUCUUUACCUUCCUUUUAUUAUUUUCCUUUGUACGGUUUUGGAGGACGUGAGUGUUUUUGACAUCUCAUCCACAGGAACUCAGCACACAGACUGGAGUUUAUUAGUUUGACGUGUUUCUUUCCUCAAUCUCUUACGUGUGAAUAAUUGAAUAAAUCAAUCAGGCAAUAGGGCGAAAGCGACGCCUCGAAGCCACGCCCGCUCACCCAUCCGUCACCACGAUUGACAGCUCAGCGCUCUGCUCUGAUUGGCCAGGGCUCUCAGACUUCAGCCAAGGAGUGAAACACCAAACGAAAUCUUUCUCUCGUGUGUUUUGUUUGUGAAUGGGUUCAUCAAACUGUGAUCUCUACCGACGAACGCUUCUGUUUCUUUCUCGUACCAGCAGAUGAUGUUUCGUGUUUUAUAUUCGAUGAGUUUGAGCUUCAUUUCAUGAUAUGACUCAGGAAAAUCUCACCUUCGAUGUUUUUCUUUUUCUCCACCAAACGCGUUUGGCUCACGUUAGUAUUUUUAUACGGGACACGUGCUCUCCAGCAGAAUGAAAGUGCGGUAGGUUUGUGUCGUUUAGAUGAAUGUCCUGUAACGUUCCUCAUAGUCGCGUGUGAUCCUCUUCGUUUGGUUUGUUUGUCAGAAGGCGGAUCUGAUUCAGAAGCGGGAGGUUGUUUGUUUUCUUGUGAUUAUUUGUAUUUGGUGAACAUUUAGCAUCAGUGCAGAUCAAAUAAAACAUGCAGGUUCAGAACUUGA